AUGGGAAACGCGCACCGGCUGGCAUUCUCCUUGCGUUCCUCAGACAUUCAAAUUUGCACCCUGGAUUGGCCCAGCACUGCAGGAGAAACAGUCUGGGAUAUGACCUUUGCCAUUGUUUUCUUUCUGAUACCAGGAUUCAUCAUUGUCAUCAGUUACUCAAAAAUCUUACAGAUUACAAAAGCAUCAAGAAGAAGUUUAAAUGCUGGUUUAGCCUACUCAGAACAUCAUCAGAUUCGUGUUUCCCGGCAAGACUACAAACUAUUCCGAGCCCUUUUUCUGUUGAUGAUCUCUUUUUUCAUUAUGUGGAGCCCAAUAAUAGUAAUUAUUUUUUUAAUUUUAGUUCAGAACUUCAAAAAGGAUUUAAAUAUUUUGCCAUCAGUUUUCUUCUGGAUAGCAUUAUUCACUUUUGCCAACUCUGCUGUCAAUCCAAUUCUGUAUAAUGUUUCCCAUUUCAGACGUAAAUGUCAGGAAAUUCUUCUCUGUUGUACAAGGAACCCUGAAAGGCAUGGAGCAGGUACAGAAACCACUGCAAGAAGAAGUAACCGUGAACAGCCGCAUUUGUCUUUCAUUACCAGAUAAUUAUUUAAAGUCUGAGCUGUGCCACACUUUGGAUUUUGUCUAUGCUAUCCCAGGUUACAUAGGUCAUUAUGUUAUAGUAUUACAUGCUAGAAGAGGAGGAAAAAAAAGCUAAAUGCAUAUUUUUAAUUCCUGCAAGUAAAAUUCUCUUGACUGCAUUUGCUUUUCCUUAGUAAGGUUUGGACAAUUUAAUCCAAUGGAUUGGAUUCUCCUCUUAUGCUGAAAUAAAUAGAAAUAUGGCAGUGAACUUGGUGAAUGUAAAAUAGUUUAAUUAAGUACUUUUAAUUUUCUAGUGAAAAUGUUCAUCCUCAGAAGGUAUCUGCUUUUUUUUUUUAAUCCAGUUUUUAGAGGGAACUUGAUUAAGCACUUCAAUAGUUGACUGCCUGAACACGUUUGAGCAAACUAACUGAAACAAGGUAAUCAACAUGUUAUCACCAAGUAAAUGACCAGUUUGGUUCCAUCUCAGAUUAAAAAUAAGGACUUAAUACAUGUGAAUUUUCAAGUGAAGAAUAAAUAAAUAAAUAAAUGGUUGUCAUGUGUAAAAUAGUUCUUUUUAAAAUAUGCACAUUUUUAAUGUUCACUAGUCAUAUAAUAAAGUUCAUUAGUGAUAUAUAGGGUCACUGAAAUUCCUUUCUCUUUUCUAAAUGAUUUCCAGUAUUUUAUAGAGAAAAUAUAGUGUUCUAUUUGGAAAGAAAAUACAUAUGCUUGGAAGUUCAUGAUAAAUACUCUUUUAGUCAGAAAUUGAAACCACUAAAAAAAGCAAGAUUAAAUUCUUGAUUAUCACCAUGUGUCACCAGCUCAAAACAGUGCACUAAGAUAACAGGCUGCUAAUGAAACCAUUAGUUAGUGUCUACCUACGUACAGAUUUACAUACAAUUUGCAUCCACUGUAAUCCAAGUUUAUUAAAAUGUUUCAUUGAUUUAUUAACAAGGUGAGCUACACAGCUCAGAUAAAUAUAUUGAAAAUCUAAAUGAAGCCAUUUAAAGCAUUUUCCAGAGAACACAUGAUCAAUGUGUUAACUUUACAUCCGUGGUGCUGUUAUGUAGUUUCUUGCCACAGGGUUGGACCUCCUUAA